AUGUUCUGGAGCGCUUAUACUCACAGCAUGCCCUCAGCCGAGUGGUUCGGCGAGGUUUCCAUGUUCCUCCUCAUUUUCAUCGCCCUACGCUACGGUAUCACCCUCCGCUGGGGACCCAACCCAGGUCGCCAGCGUGGAGCUAACGUCCGCCGACAAGAUGGCGAGAUCCAAUUCGAAUUCAGGUGCCGACGUCCCCCUGAGCGACGCUGUCACCAAAUAUCAUCCCGCGAGCCACAGCCUUCGGUUUCUUUUUGA